AUGUCAGACUUGAAGCUCAGGAGGUUUCUGGAGCAGAACCAGCGGUUGAAAGAACAACUUGAUAUGAAUCGUAUCCCUGUGUCGGAAGCUAGUCAAAGCUUGAUCAAGUUUGUGACAAGUACCAAGGACUCUUUGUUGCCUAGUCUGUGGGGGAAUGCAGCCUCGGAUCCAUUUUCAAAACAAUCAACAGGGUGCUGUACAAUCUUUUAA